GUGGUGCGGUGCAGUGUUCCACGGUUGACGCUUGAAGCGGGUGGAGACUGCUACACAUUUAAAUCCCCCGGCUCGUUUUUAAGCGUUUAGACGCGAGAGAACUUUUCCUUUUUUUUAUUUUCUUUAUACGGUUGGAUUCUCCAGAACGUUUUUCAUGUCGUAGGUGGCAGGUCUGUAAGGGCGUCGUUGUUGGGAAGUUUUUUCGAGGGGGGGUUUGGACCGGCGGAGGGCCAUGGCAGUCGAGGCUCGGCCGGAGCUGGUCGGGAAACGCUUCCUCUGCGUCGCCGGCGACGAGCCGCCCGAAAUCGGCGACAUCGGUCGGUGGCCGUGGAGGUCCGGGGUCAUACGAGCCGUUAACCAUCUUGACAGCGACAACCCCGACCUGACGGUAUACGUGGAGUUCGACGACCAGGAGUGGGAGAAAAGAGAGUGGGUGAAGGUCUACGAGGAUUUCCAGCUGUUUCUCCUGGAGCACCAGCUGGUCUGGGCCAAGAGGACGGAGGGAGGAGGAGGAACAGGGGGAGGACUGCUUCAGGGAACCAAGACCAAACACAUACAGUGGCCUGCCCUGGCAUUUAAGCUGGUGGUGGGAAAGAGCCUGUUGUCCUCAGUAACCGCAGUGGAAUUCUUCUUAGACCGACAGCUGGACUUCCUGUCUGACCAUUCAGCCUUCCAGCCGUACCAGGAUGACUUGGACAGUCUGAGUCCAGUGUUAAGAGACAACCAGCAGCUCCAUGAAGAAGUGAGGGGCUGGCUCAAAGACCAGAAGGUGCAGGAGAUUUUUAUGCAAGGUCCCUAUUCAUUGAAUGGCUACCGCGUACGAGUUUACAGACAGGACUCGGCCACCCAGUGGUUCACUGGCAUCAUCACACACCACGACCUCUUCAGUCGAAACAUGGUCGUUAUGAAUGACCAGGUGCUAGAACCUCAGAACGUGGAUCCAUCCAUGAUCCAGAUGACCUUUCUGGACGACGUGGUCCACUCUCUACUGAAAGGAGAAAACAUCGGCAUCACUUCCAGAAGGAGGUCACGUUCCAGUCAGAACAACAACUCUACCCAUAUGACUGGAGGGAGGCCCGGCGGGACCACCGGCAACACUCAGAGUCAUUACACGCGAGCCCAAGCCAACAGCCCCCGCCCUGUCAUGACCUCAUCAGGCCCCAACCCAAAGGGCUCCCAGGGGACGCUGGCCUCUCAGCAGCACCAGGGCCAAUCACAGCAGAGUCAGCAGCCCGCCAGCCAAUCGCACCACUCACCCGGCGGCAGUGGGAGGGACCAGCGGGAGCAGCGAAACGCUCGCUCAUCCAGGAGGAAAGGAUCGGACAGCAGCGUUCCAGAGGAGGAGAAGGAGCGCAGGGAAGAGAGCACGGCGAGAGACUCCAAGGCAAAGGCUAAACAGGCGGUGAACAAACGCAGGAAGGUUGAGGAGGAUGAGAAAAAGGCGGGUCUAAAAAGGCUGAAGACGGACAUGACCUCUGACCUGUCGGAGAGCAGUGACUCUGAAAACCCACACAACAAGAGAACCGCCCACUCCUCAUGCUCCUCCUCCUCCUCUUCGUCCUCAUCGUCCUCCUCCUCCUCGUCCUCCUCCUCGGAGCCUAACUCUGAGAACGAGCUUAAGUCUCGCGGCAGUGAUGUGAAACAAAGCGGCAUUUCCAAAAAGGAGGAGGAGCUUCAGCCGACGAUACAGGGCACCAAAAUAAACAAUUCCUCUUCGGCUAUUGGUCGCCUGUCCCCGUGGGCGGAGCUUCAGCCGGCAGAGGACUGCAAGAAGGGCGUGGCCAAGAACACAGGCAAAAUGUCGACCAAGGAGGAGGAGGAGGAGUUGGUGGCGGUGACGCAAAUCACUCAGUCUCCGCGGCAACAGACACCUCAGAUGUCAGACCCGGUCCAGGCGGCCAUUAUGGAUAGCAUCAAGAGCACCGCGAAAGCGCCUUCUGGAUCCCAGACGCCAUCUUGCCAACUUGGCGGCGGCAGCAGCGGCGGCGGCUGUGUGAUCGACAUCACGGAUGAGGCUCAGGCCACGGUGCACCAGGAGAGUUCAGAGGCCGUGUCAGCACUGCUGGCUUCGCAGAAGGCCGAGUCCACGGCCCUCUCCCCCUACCUCCCCCUAAACCCCUCUCCUGUCUCUUCGCCGCCGGUCCCUCCGUCUCCCUCGCCAUCGGAAGGAGGCCGCAGGACGGAUAUUGAGCCUCCAAUGCAGCCGCAGGGGAUUGUGGGAGGUGGCAUGGCAGCAGCCAGGAGCCUAAGCAACAAGAUGGAGUUUGCUCCCUCUGAGGUCAUCAGGCCCGUCACAUCGAUUGUUGAAAAUGUGGUGCUUGUUGAGAAGGAGAAAAUAUCCCUCCCUCAUCAUCAUCAUCAUCAUCAUCAUCAUCAUCAUCAACAGCAGUAUCAUCAGCAGCAGCACGCACAACAGUACACAUCAAUCCACUCCGGGAUUAAGAGCCCGUCUCUGUCUGAGGAGACGAGAAAACACCCACUGCAGCAAGCGCCCCCCCACAAGAUGAACACAGUCCCCCCCGCUGAACUAGCCAGAUCCAGAAUGAGCCCCAACACAGCCCCAACACAGCUCAACACCCUCAAACAGAAACCGCAGCACCCCAACAACUCUCAGAGCCAUCCCUACCCCAACACAAACCCAGCUGACUUACUCAAGGCGAAACCCCACCCGGGCCUGCUGGACAUCUCUAAACCCAAACCUAACACCUCCCCAGAAGUCUCUAAGCAUAAAAUACAGAGAUACUCUGACACCUCCCCACCUCCGAUGGGCCGUUUGUCGGCCAAAGUAGAACCAACAGAACCUCCGCGCUCCGGUUUCAAGCCGGUGGCGGCGCGGUCGGAGACGGGUGGAGUCAGUACGAGCAGCAGCACCAAGAGCCCUCUGAUCAUUGAUAAGAACGAGACCUUCACCGUGUACAGGGACCCAGCUCUGGUCCGCUCAGAUGCAGAGAACUCUGUCUCCGUCUCUGUGUCCUCCAACCACGUGGCAGCCUAUCUCCAUCCCCAUCUGCACACCCUCCACUCCCCCACCCCUCACUCCUCCUGCCUCACCUCUGCGUCCCACUCCCACCUUCUCGCUCCUCCUCACACUUCUGCCCUACCUCACCCGCACCUGUUACCACCCGGGGUCCUCCCAGGCAUGCCUCCUCCCGCGGCCUCCCUCCUCGGGGGCCACCCUCGGCUCGACUCCCCCAGCGGGCUAGGUCACCUCGCCCUAUCUCACCCGGCGUCAGCGCACCAGCAGCGGUUCCUACAGGGUCAGGGCCCCCCUCCACCCUCUCUACUAGCCCAGGCCCACGGCGGGGCAGCAGGGCUGGGCCUUUACCCCAUCCUCUGGCAGUACCCCAACGGAACACCGACCUCCUACCCCCCAGGGCUCAACCUGCCCCCUACAGCCAAGUGGGUCCACUCUGAAAACCCCAUCAGCUUGAAUUCCGAGAGCUCGCUCAGGAGGAACACAACCAGCCCGUGGCUCCAUCAGUCCGCCGGCAGCGCCGGUGAUGGUCUGGGUUUGCUGAGCCACGUUCCUGUUCGGCCGGCAAGUGCUGACCCCCACCGGCCCUCGAUGAAGAUCAGCAGCCACACAAGCCCUCCGCUGUCUAAGAGCAGCAUGAACACGCAUAAAGAAGAUCCAGAUAAGAAAGGUUUCAUGGACCCGAUCAGGACGUUGACGCUGAAGCAGGAGCAGACAGACCGGAGUCGAACCCCAGAAAGAAAAGACGUCCACCUGCACCGCCUCUACCUAGACCCUCACAGCAAGGCACACCUGGCAAACACACAGGAUGCAGUUCAGGCAGCAGACCGAGCCAGUAAAUACAAAGAGGAGAAUCGUCAAAUCCUUAAAGAGAGCAUCGAGGUCGCUCCCUUCACCGCCAAGAUGCAGCGCUCCGGUGACCCCGGAAUGGACAGAGAGAGGUGCAGGGAUGCACCCUUCCCCGUCAGGUUACCGGCUCUUGCCUCCCCAAGCCCCAAGGCCGGCCACAUCCAUCCCCACAUCAUCCAAUCAGAAAAGAGCAACUACUUCACCACUCUGUCCAACAGCGUGGUGAAUGAGCCUCCCAGACUCUACCCCUCCAAGGAGUUCAGCUCUUACUAUGAGAAAGUAUCUGGUGGAGCUCCGGGGGUCGUGGCCAGCAUCGGGGGUGCCGUGCCAAGCCAGGGAGCUUUGUCCCUGGGCAGCUACACCUCCAAAGCUUCUCUGUCAAAGCCCCCUCCCCUCAUUAAGCACCAGCCAGAGGGAGGGGAGGGUUUAGCAGGGAAAAUCACAGAGCAGCUGAGCCAGCAGGUGACACUAGUCCAACACCAACACCACACAGGUGGUAUGGACAGGAUAGAACGCCGCAGCCCCGCGGUUUCCCCUUCCUCCUCCACAACUUCCUCCACAGCGCCCAACCACCACCACCAACAGAAUCACCACCACCACCACCAACAAUUACAACACCACCACCAGCAACACCAACACCAACAGCAGCAGCAGCAGCAGCAGCAGCUCAGGGCAAUGCCAUCUCUCCAUCGAGCGCCUGUCUUCCAUCCGCCCACACAGCACGCACUGGAUCGGAAGGACGCUGCAGAGCGAGAGAGGGAGAAGGAGAGAGAGCGGGAGAGGACCGUUUAUGGCGGACGCCUCUCUCCACCAACCCUCACGCCCAUUCAGCCAGUUAGCUUAGCAUCAGCGGGUAGCAAAACGUCAGCGGAGCAGCAGAAGCCCCCCACGCUGCUGCCGGAACUCAGGGACGUUAAAGGUCAUGGGAGCGCUGCCAUCACCACCGUGGCCUCAGCCAUCGGUGGGGAGAUCGCGACUCCGUCCGUGGACGCGUGGAGGCACGGAGAGAUGAUUCAGGAACGAGGGGGAACGUUAAGGGGCAAGCCGCAAUCCGCGAUGGCGUCAGUCAUCGUGCGUCCUUCCUCAUCCGUCAAAUACGACAGUCUUGUUGGUGCUAACCAAUCUGGUGCUAUGAUCACUAAGGAGCUCCCCCACGGGAGGUUCUACCCAGCCAGUCUUCAGGGGGAGGGUCUAAGACUGGGGGAGUGUGUGAGAGAAGUGGCAGCCGGCAGGGUUAUCCAACCCAACUCAAACCUGGACGAAAUGUGUUUCCAGUACAAACAUUCUUCCAUGCGUGACAUGCAGGGAAACGUGUCAGCCGGGAUCACAAACUCGGUGUGCAGGACAGCCAUUUCUGCUGCAUCCCUUUUUGGCAUACAGAGUAUCAGUGGGACAGCCAUCCCUGAUCUGGGCUACUCUGUCUCAGCCCAUAAAACUGGCAUUUGCGGCAGGGUGCUGAGCCACUCAGGACCAAGAGAGUACCAGGAGGGGCUAGGCUCACGCACCACGUCUCCGGGGGGGUCCCUGCUUCCCCCUAGUCCAGUGGGGACACCCCAACCCAGUCCAAGCCUCACCCCGACACCCAGCUCCAUUGCUGGCUCCAGUCAGCCGUACUCCUCCUCCUUCGUCCACCUUAAGAAGCACAAAGCUGCAUUGGCUGCAGCCCAAUUCAGAAGCAACUUCUCUCCUGCGCCCACAUCCGUCUCGAUCGGAAACUGCUUCCUACCUGUGGAUUCUGUUGACAAAACUCCCAUUCGCAACUCGCCCCCUCCUCCCGCGUCCAGCCAAGCCUCGUCGUCUUCGCUCGAUAGCAGCAGCUCGGCCAGCGGCAGUACAACGACUGGCAAGUCCAGCCCCCUGCCCAACGGCCAGCCCCCGGGAUCGGCCUCGACAAGCAGCGGGCAACCCAGCAACUACCACAAGCUGAAGAAAGCCUGGUUAACCCGGCACUCCGAGGAGGACAGGAACACAACGGUUACUCCGAGCUGCACCAGUGCAAAGCCUGAGAAACUUCCCAGCACCAUCACCAGCACCGCGACCACCAGCACCAGCACAAGUAACACCGCCGCCAUGUCAGAGAUGAUCAAACCCUGCACAGUCAAUCUCAGCGCCUCCACCUCCAGCGAGGUGGAGCUGAGCAAAGACGGCAAAGCGGAGAGAGAAAGGCAGCUGGCGGACAAGGUGGGAGGAGCAGGCACGGGGGGGGGAGGAGGAGGAGGAGAGGAGAGGAAGGCAGCUCCCUCAUUAAGGCGGGGGAACAAACGGUCAUAUGAGUCCGCUUCAGAGAGCGGGGGCGACGACUCCGACACCAGUGAAAGCAAGAUGGAGGGCCGAGCCAAGCGCCAGCCUAAACCCACCUUCAAGAAGAAGCAGAAUGAUAUGGCCAGAAGGAAAGGAGACAACGAAAAGGAGGACGAUGACUUGAAGCCCAAUGGCAUCUUCCGAUCAGCCCGAGAGAAGACGAAACUCAAACUAGCCAGCAGCAAUGGGAUCCCCCGCUCCGUCCUGAAGGACUGGAGGAAGGUGAAGAAGCUGAAGCAGACGGGGGAGUCAUUCCUGCAGGACGACUCGUGUGCCGAGAUCGGGCCCAACAUGCAGAAGUGUCGGGAGUGCAGAGUGGUGCGCAGCAAGAAGGGAGAGGAGCCCACGCAUUCCCCCGUCUUCUGUCGCUUCUACUACUUCAGACGGCUGUCCUACAGUAAAAACGGAGUCAUCCGGAUGGACGGCUUCUCCAAUCCGGACCAGUUUGACGACGAAGCCCUGGCCCUUUGGGUUCCCGGGCUGAUGGACGAGAGCCAACUGGACCAAACCACAGCCAAAUACAUCCUCAGCUUCAUAGGAGACAAGUUCUGUCAGAUGGUUGUGACGGAGAACACCGCCGCCACCUGGAUCAAGAAGGAUGCCAAAUUGGCGUGGAAGCGCGCGGUGAGGGGGGUGAGGGAGAUGUGCGACGCCUGCGAGGCGACGCUCUUCAACAUCCACUGGGUGUGUCAGAAGUGUGGCUUUGUUGUCUGCUUGGACUGCUACAAGGCCAAAGAAAGAAGGAGCUCCAAAGAUAAAGAACUCUACGGCUGGCUGAAGUGUGUGAAAGGCCAACCCCACGACCACAAGCACCUGAUGCCCACACAGAUCAUACCUGGCACAGUGCUGACAGAGUUGGUGGCUUCCAUGCACUCUCUGAGAGAAAAGCACAACAUCAAGCCCCACUGUCCCUGCACCACCAAGCAGAACCUCAAUACCAAGCUACCAGCCACCAACGGAGUCUCACAGGUUCUGCAGAAUGUCCUGAACCACAGUAACAAACUGGCUCUGGUGAAGGCUGAGCCGGGCUCUCAGCAGAACUCUGACCAAGUAGGAACCAAGGUGGAGACCAACGGAGGAGGCAGAGGGGGAAGCAGUCCAGGCAGUGACGCAGGAAGUGCUCCCGUCACCCCGCCCGAGUCCCAGUCGCCUCUGCACUUCCUGGCUGACCUGGCAGAGCAAAAAUCUAGGGAGGAAAAGAAAGAAAACAAGUCGGUGCUGCUGGGUAAAUCGGUGAAGGAAGACAAGGUGGGGGACAGCUUGGAGGUUCUGCAGCAGUGUAAAACCACCUCACUGGUGGCCAACAGCACGGAGCAGGGCUCCACACUCAGAGACCUGCUCACCACCACAGCAGGGAAGCUGAAGCUGGGCUCGACUGACGCAGGAAUGGCCUUUGCACCGGUCUACUCUACUGCGUCACAGACUGGAAAAGGUGGGAGGACCAUGCCGAAUAUCCUUGACGACAUCAUUGCUUCUGUGGUUGAGAACAAAAUCCCUGCCAGCCGGCAGAGCGUCACCACCAAACUGUCAAUCAAGCACGAGCCCAUCGCCCCGGGCAACCACAACAACAACCCCGCCCCUGCCGUCACUGAGGACGCCAAACCAGACAGGAAGAAGUUGGCGCAGGUUACUGCUGCAGUGACGGAAGAUUUGACCAAUCAGUAUCCAGAUAUUCCUCACUGCUGGUUAAACAACAGACGGUUGCUGUGGCUGAAAGAUCACCGUAACCAGAACAACUGGAAGCUGUUCAGAGAGUGCUGGAGACAAGGACAGCCCGUGUUGGUGUCGGGGAUCCAUAAGCGACUCAACAGCGGACUGUGGAAAGCUGACUCCUUCAACCAGGAGUUUGCAGACCAUCAGGGAGACCUCCUCAACUGUAAAGACCAGGUGGUGUCCAACUCCGGUAUCAAGGAAUUCUGGGAUGGAUUUGAGGAUAUCACCAAGCGGCCCAAGUCCAAAGAUGGAGAACCGAUGGUCUACAGACUGAAGGACUGGCCGUCUGGGGAGGAGUUCAUGGCCCUCAUGCCUUCCAGAUAUGAUGACUUGAUGAAGAACCUGCCCCUGCCAGAGUACUCGGAUCCAGAGGGGGUCCUAAACCUGGCCUCCCACCUGCCAUCUUUCUUUGUCCGGCCCGAUCUGGGACCCAGACUGUGCUGUGCCUACGGUGUAGCUGCGUCGCAGGACCAGGACUUUGGGACCGCCAACCUGCACGUGGAAGUCUCCGAUGUCGUCUCCGUUCUGGUCUACGUAGGAGUCGCCAAAGGCAACGGAGUCCUGUCCAAAACGGGAGUGUUGAAGCGUCUGGAGGAGGAGGAUCUCGACGAGGGGGUCCGAAGGAGGCUCAAAGACUCCAGCGAGACACCGGGGGCUCUGUGGCACAUCUACCUCAACAAAGACAUGGACAGAGUCCGAGAGUUCCUGCACAAGCAGGGGUCGGACGCCCCGGCGGACCAGGACCCAAUCAGAGAGCAGGGCUCGUACCUGAGCAGGAAGCAGCGUCAACGCCUGCUGGAGGAGCACGGCGUCCAGGGCUGGACUGUCGUUCAAUUCCUAGGAGACUCUGUACUCAUACCAGCCGGGGCCAUGCACCAGGUCCAGAACCUCCACAGCUGUGUCCAGGUCAUCAACGACUUUGUGUCUCCCGAGCAUGUGGCCAAUUCCUUCCACCUGACCCAGGAGCUGCGACCGAGUAAAGAAGAGGUCAACUACGAGGAUAAACUACAGGUGAAGAACAUUCUGUACCACUGUGUGAAGGAGGCAGUGAGCUCCCUGAAGAGGAGCAGCUCUGAAGAAGGGGAUGAGGAAGAGAACUCAUGACACACCCUGAGUUUAGUUCGCGCCACCAGAGGGACACGACUGCCGCCGGCACCUCGCUCUCCCCGCGCCCGCCUCCUCCAGCAGAGUGACACAGGACCAGUCACGUGACCCGCAGGGAUUGCGAGGCGCUGCUGCAUCACACGACAUCCAAGUGGCCCGUAAGAGGCCCCGAUCCCCCCCCCCAAACUUUCAGUACAAAGAGGAGAGGAGCACGAGACCGGAGGGGUCGCCGGGCAGGCAGGGAUUAAACCUCACAGGGAGGACUGAGGGAUCCUGGGAAACGUAGGACAGCCUACAGGUUAGGAAGCCUCACAAAAAGCCACUACGCUGGAGUGACACGGCACUACGAGCCUCCACGGAACCUUUUUUGCGUGACUUGGUGUUUCCAUGGAGACUCGGGCUGUCCUGUCGGAUGGAGUCGACAGGUCGGACAGCAGCAGCCACGACGUGAUUAGGACAGCCUCACCAGCAGCGAGCAGCGCCACGUUCCAAACCGUCAUCGCUGCUGUGAAGGAGGAAAGGGGGAGAAAAAAUAAAAUGCAAAAAGUAAAUCUCAGAUGCUUCGAGCAGCGACCUGUGCAGCUCCUUUGUUUAUUGUUCCGUCUUUAGUCUGUCGGUCUGUGUCCUUUUUUAUAGUCCUAUCUGUCUGUUGCUGUUUGUUUUUUUACACAAACAUUUGUUUUAUUGUCCUCUGUGAAGAUGUAUUUAUUUUAUUGCUGUACGAUACGCAAUGUUAUUGAAACAAAAAAGCAUUCAUUUAAAUGUGACUUGUACAUUUUUUUCUGUUUCUUUAGUAUGUGGUUUUCAGUUGUAAUACGGCUCUACUGUGAUGGAGGACAGACACACACACACACACACACACACACACACACACACCAGCUUAUGCCUGUAACUCCGGGAAAUGUUGAUGCUCUACAGUCCUCUUGCCAUAAAUACAAUGAUUUUUUUUAAUGAACUGCCAAACUAUUGUACAGACUGUGGAAAGUUGUAUUAUGUAAAGACCGAACAAAAUGGCUUAUACACGUCAGCAUUUUAUGAUAAAAAAAGUAUUU